AGACCUCCCUAGUCACCAUAUUCGCUUCUCUCUACGCCCUUCCAAUCCCUUCCAAUCGAAAGCUCAACUACCUCAAACGGAAGCGGAGAAUUUGUGGAAAAUUUAGCGGUCAUUGACAAUUUUUUAUUUUCAAUUUUUACGCUUUACACGCCAGAGAGACUUUUAAUUGGACGGUCAACUUUGAUGUCCUCUGGCUUGAAGCAGUUAAAAUUUCUUUGACGCCAGCGGUGGGGUGAGAGUCUGACGCAGACUGCAGAGAGACAUUUGAGAGAGCUUUGUAGUUCGUACAGGGAGGAUGAGAAUGGUCAAAUAUGACCGGUGGCGUCGGUCAAUGGUUGAUUAAACUCCUCUUUAAAACUCUCUCAUCUCUCUCUCUCUCUCUCUCUCUCUAGCUCUCUCUAUAUUUUUCUCUCUGGGUCAGCUUGGUUGUCUGAAUAACUGCGGUGGGUUUGAUCUUAGCAGUUGAAUCUCUUGAAAAAUCUUGUUUUUCCGUUCCAAGCUCCGUGGGCAGUGCAAUGGCUCAACGUUCACAUGUACCGAAAUUUGGCAAUUGGGAAAGUGAAGAGAAUGUUCCUUACACGGCCUAUUUUGAUAAAGCUCGCAAGGGUCGAGGUGGGACCAAGAUGAUAAAUCCAAAUGACCCUGAAGAGAAUCCUGAUUUAGUUUCUGAUAAUUCAUCUUCAUCUCAUGGUCCUGCUGCCAGAGCUGAAACCGAGGAACCAGUAAGAGAGGGAGCUGGAAGAUCAACACAUGAACGGCGGAGCAGGGAUGAUGGUGAUGUCAGGCAGUUCACCGGUUCUCCAGCCCAUCAUGAUAAUACAGGCAGCAGAGCUCAUGGAGGCCGUGAAACCCAUAGAAGACCUGCAAGGCACAGCAUUGGAUCUGAGUACAGUGUUGAGCGUUCACCACUCCACAGCCAUGCAAAGGUCCCAGUGAGAGAUGGUGGGGUCAGUUCAUACACUUCAGAAGGAAAGUCAUAUGAUAGUAGCCAUGGUACUCCUGGAAGAUACCGAAAACCAGAGACUCGAGGUGAUGAAACACCUGAAAAAGGUGCUGCUGUUCCAAAAUUUGGUGAGUGGGAUGAGAACAACCCUGCAUCAGCUGAUGGUUUUACUCACAUUUUUAACAAAGUGCGGGAAGAGAGGCAGACUGGGGUGGGAAGGGUACCGGGUUCUAAUGGAACUCCAUACAACAACACGCGGCGGAUGCAAGAUGCUGAUGACAAUGCUAAGAGUUGCUGCUUUCCAUGGUGCAGAAAAUGAUGUCUUUGGAUUUUUGGAUAACCACAAAGUUUGUGGGAAUUGUAAAUACCGCUGAAUGCUCUAUCGGAGCUGAGUCAGUUCGUUCAUUUGGUCUGCGUGCGGUACUUUGUAUUAAUAAACGUACAAUUGUGGUGUUAAAACAUGCCUUGUUUUGGUGAUUCUUUUUUGCCUUUAGCUGCUCUAAGUAGUACUGUACUGUCUAUAUUCAGUUUUGCAAAUUUAUUUGCCUGGAAAAGACCAGCUACAGAUUCUUUUAUUCUAUUCCAAUAUAUUGCGGUGACUUUCUAUU